CCUCGACCCUUUCCAACACCAUCUUCCUACCUUGACCCUUGUUCCACCCCGUAUCAUCGACCUGCGGCACGUCGUCCCGUCCUCAACCCCGUCUGGAUCCGGCGCAGGUUGCAACUGAGGUGUCAACUGCUUGCUUACCUUCCUUACCUACCUUACCUUACCUUACCUCACUGUGAAGCACAGGUUGCUCCCUCUGCUCUGCUAGGGGCGACGCUCUUACACUUCAUCGCACCGACCCGAACCUCACCUCAACUCGCGUCUUCGAUUGACGCAGCUGCACCUCACCUUUGAGCGCCGCGUCGCUACCAGUGAGCUUGGCUUGGCUUCGCUUCCUUUCGCUUCGCAUCCCAUCCCAACCCAUCAAAUCAUCCCCCCCAGCAGCACGCCACGUCGGGAAAUGCGCUGCGGCUCCUCUGACCUCCCGCUCCAGCUGCUGCAAGGGUUGAUGUUCGGACGCUGCAAUUGCAUACACAACUGCCACGACUACGACCACGGUCACGACCCCGACUGCCACCACCACCACCACCACUACCGCACGAACUCUCCGAGCACAACAGCAAUCUCGCUCAACGCAUAACCCACGUCGCGAUCGCCAUCGUCGCAUCAUACCAACAUCGCAUCCAUCGCUCAGAGCUUCAUUGACGCCAUCUGCUCGCGUGUCUCUCGGUUCCUCUCAAAAAAACACCCCAACCCCGACCGCCUCAUCAACAUAGGUAGCCCCAGAUAAGGGCGGCAUCGCACACCCACGUCACGCUAUCACGACAUAUCCUCAUCGGCGCCCAAACCGAGUCAACAACACUAGCUUGCCUAAUUGUCGGCGCACAUUGCCGCCGGCUCAGAUCAAUACAUUCGUGGGCUGCGGAGAGAGCUUUGUGCUCUACUCCGGCGCCCAUUCCACCCCCUGCGUCACCCAUCGAUCUCGCAUCGCCUGCCAACCAUCGCGGGUCUUUGUUGUUUAACCUCAAUCCCGACACUCGCUAUCCAACCACAAUCCAUCCACCACCAUCUCACCGCGCCAUUCUGCCCUCUUGUCUUGCGCUCCCGACCGCGCAUUUUGCGACCCUUGUUUCUACAUGCCCCCACGGCAUGCAAACACCACCAAACCAUGGAAGCAGCGGCGAAAAAGGUCCAACUGCUGGCCCAGCGCAUCCUGCCUGAUCGACCGCAUUCACUGUCCAUGAACCCCGACCAGCGCUUUCGAGUUCCUCCCGAUCACAGCAAGACCUUUGAAGAGUUCAAGUAUCCGGCUCUGCAGUACAUGACGCUGUUAUCCGACGCGGAUCGCGGAAUGCUACUCACUCGCGCGUACCAUGAUAUGCGCGAAGAACCACCGAUCCCACCCGCCGUCAAAGAUUCGAACGCGAAGAUGGAAAGAAAGAACGUGACUAAGCUGUCACUGAGUGAUUACAAGAACAAACAGAAGAAGGUAUCGGAUUCUCCUCCCGAUUCCGGAUCGACGCCGAAAACCGACGUCUCGCGAAAGGAGAGGAACGUGGUAGAGGGUCGGAUUGAUCGCGAGCCCAAGAGGCCGGACGCAUACAGAAACCGGGAGCCGGAUGCAUCAAGGGACGUCAAGGCGCAUAAGGCGCGCGACGGCGCCCACGAUGAAAGAACGAGCAGACCCGACGCAAGAUCCCGAGCAGCGCAGGAUAGCAAUGAUACCCCAGAGAAGAGGAAAAGAAUCGCGGAUGUGGACGGCGAAUUGCGACCUCAGAAACGAGCGAGACCCGAAGCGAGCACACCGCUCGACGAGCGAUCGCGGACGCCUCGAGACGAUACGCCGAGAAGAAAAGAGAUACACCCAUCACAAGACAGGACACCACAGAAAGACGGAAAGCUGGGCACAAACUCAUCUUCAUUACCAAACGGGCGGUCUGCUUUAAAAACAGCCUUUGGCUCAGGCGCGAACAAGUCUCCCAUAUCCCGUGCGCGAGGAGACUCUAUCAAUGGCAACAAACCCAGCCCCUCUUCGAGCGGUCGGGCAAGAGCUGAUACGGCGUCUUCGAGGUCAGCAGUUCCGCCGUUACUAUCUCCACUACACCUACCGAACGAAUCCGAUUCUCGAUCGAAAGAGAAGAGGCGAGACGAUCCUCCCGAGCACAAUAGGUCGCAGAAAUCCUCACGAGCAGAACCACCUCCGCCUAUCAAGAGACCGAAAUCUCCCUUGAAACUUCCGGAGCUACUUUCCCCGACACUUCCCCCAUUGCUCGAGGAGGAAUUGGCCCGCAUGAAGAACACACCUACGAAAGGCUCCGACGCAAGCCAAAGAACACAACCUCCCGAUUCCCCCACAAACGGCAAGAGACCACACGUGGUAGUGAAGGAGGAGGAGGACGACCGAAAGGAGAUCAGAGGGAAGGACAAGCCGAAGGAAAAGCCUCGCAGGUUUAUGGUGACACUGAAGUACAGCAAAAAGUACACCAAGUCGGUGCAGAGGCUACUAGCCCUGGGACCCCCAAGGAAAGACAUCAAGAAGGAGCGGUCAGCGAGCAUAGAGCCUCCGCCGCCGCAGGCACGGAAGCGACCGAUUACCAGCACCGAGAAUGUUGGCGAUUCAAUAGCGGUGAAGCGACCUCGGACGUCGGAAAUCACGAGCUCCAAGCUGAACGCGCCGUCAACACCAUCGAAGGGGGGUGCUACAUCGAUGCCGAGGGUAGCGUCAAGCAACUCGGUCAACACCCCUGGAGAUGGUCACAGCCUGACUCCCGCGCCGCCAUCAUCAGACCGAGACCGGCCGCAGACCAGAGACGAUAGCAGAGAAGCGGCGAAUCCUCACAGGGUCCAAGCGCUCCGCGACCGCUGGAACCGUUUUAGCAGACUCGGCACCAAGCUGAAGCAUGAGCGCGACAUAUUGCUAGAGCGAAAGCACGGGGACCGCGGCGCUCCCGUGUCGGACUCUGACAUCAAGCUUAGCAUGAUGCUCGGAUUGGAGACGGCGAUGGCGUUCAUGGUCAGCUUCAGAGCGUUGUUCGAGUCAAGGCGGAUAGAAAACAAGGCACAAGAUCCUAAGCAGUGGAGUAGCAUUCUACCGCUUCUGAAUGUCAUGCGCAACGAUGUACGAAAGAGCAAGCCUUUGGAAGCACUGUUUUGGCAGAUGCAAGGCGUGAUCCACGAGGAGCUCAUCAAGUGCUACUGGUCUCUUGACCCGGCGACGCACGCAUUGCACAUUAUUGGCGCAGAAAGAGGUCGAUCAAAUGUAUGGAAAUCGGCAUACGACUCGGCGGAGCGUGUUGAAGCCUCGGCUAUGCGCACCAACAUGGGCCCGUGGACGAGUGUGGAGGAAGCCGUAUCAUCGGCUCUCAAGAUUAUGCGGCGCUGGGCGCAGGAGGAGGGCGUCUCGUGGCGCGCCGAGGUCACGGUAUCAGCCGCCAACGGAACGUUGUCAUAGGAUGUCGACGACGAGGGCGAGGUGUCGACUCUGGUCGAUUCCUCCUUUACUACGGCGGAGAGCUCGUCACCUCCGCGUGACGAGAGCGCCGCGAGCGAUUCGGUACACCCACAGACAUAAGGAUACGGGCAUUAGGGCCCUCCUAAUGACAUGUAUUAUGAACCAAGUCAACUUUCGUCCUUUUUUCCAACCC